AUGCAGAAGACACGGGCGCUCAGCUCCCUCAAGGCCCUCUUCCCGCCCAUCCACCAGCCGCUGCCGCUGGACAAGCGCGAGGCUCAGCGUCUGCUCGACGGCCUCAAGGCAUCGUUCCGCGCACAGCUAGAUGCCGAAUACGGGUGGUCUACACCACGGCCCGCCAUCCCCCGGAGCUUGACGCCGCCGCUUACCGUCGCGGCCUCCUCCAGCGCCGCCCCCUCGCCAGCGUCCCAAAACCAUGGCUCACUCCGAUCGACCGACCGGCACGUGCGCGCCAUCCUCAACAACCCGCUUUUCCUCCCUACCGAGUCCGCAACUGCCACCACAGGCACCAUCAGUACUCUGGACGCACACAAGGCCAUAUUCGAGAAGGCCGUCUCGCGAGGGCUCAUGACUGUCCCCAGGGCACAUGGGUUUCUCAUGCUGAUCAGAUCCGAAGUGAACAAGGCGAGGGCCCAGAAGGGCUCUUCCAAGCUCCCGAUUGCCGACGAUUUGCGGCCAGUGGGUGCCGCCAAGCUUGUUAUGCAGUGGCUGCGAUCCUCGGGUCAGGAGAACGGCCUCGCAUUCCUGGCCAACGUGCAAUUCCAGCGACUUCUCUUUCAGUUCAUGGCUGCUGAGGGCCUCGACGAUGUGGUUUUUGCUUGGCUUGAGCGUGUCGUUGAUCCCGCCGAACCAAAGACCUUGGACCAAGCCGCCGUCUUUCUCAGAGAUUUAGUGGGCAAAAAGGCUCAACAUCAUGACUUGGAGCCAGCUUAUACGGCGCUUUUCAGAGCGAAAUCCAUAGUCACAGAGAAGAAGUGGCCGUUGCGGGUGUUGGGAAGGGCUUGGCGUGAGCUAUCCGUGCAGAGCACAGUGUAUUCCGACAUGCACAAGCCCCCACCUCAGCAACUCUUCGACGCCUUCGUGGCCCUCGGAGGAGCCGUCCAGUUCGGCCCGUGGCAACGGGUAGACUUGGCACACCUGAAACUUCAUCACCCCACCGAGCCCUCUUCGCACCUUGCGCGGGAGCUCCUCUCGAGCGAGGAGACCUUCAAAUCCAUUGGCAACAGUACCUCCCCGCAACAGUCUGUUACCCGCGCUGUUGGCCGCUUCAAGCAGCUGUGUGUCGACACUAUUCGGCAUCUGAUAGAGACCAACCAGCCUCAGGAAGCAUCGCGUUUGUGGGACAUGCUCAGGCGG